AUGCAUCUCACCACAACGACCAAUACCGUCGCCGCCAACAAUGCGGGCGCGACCCAGAGCAGCAACAACAAUGCAAACAACUCCAGUUCAAAUAAUAAUGGCGGUAGUAAUAAUACUACAACAAAUGGCAACAACAGCAACACCAAUGAACAGAACACACCGCCAACAGCGGCUCAACUGCUGAAUGAAGCCUACACGAAGAUGACCUCAGAUAUAUUGGCGGAACGGACAUUAGGCGAUUUUCUCACAGAACAUCCAGGCGAGCUGAUACGUACCAGCAGUCCGCUUUUCGUUUGCACAGUACUGCCGCCACAUUGGCGUUCCAAUAAGACUCUGCCGGUCGCCUUCAAAGUCGUCUCACUGGGCGAUAUAAUGGACGGCACUAUGGUGACGGUGCGCGCUGGCAAUGACGAGAACUACUGCGCUGAACUGAGGAAUUGCACGGCCGUUAUGAAGAAUCAGGUGGCAAAAUUCAAUGAUCUAAGGUUCGUGGGACGCAGCGGCAGAGGGAAGAGUUUCACACUCACAAUUACAGUUUCUACAAAUCCGCCACAUAUCGCCACCUACAACAAAGCGAUCAAAGUGACAGUGGAUGGACCGCGUGAGCCGCGCUCAAAGACUAUGUUGUCGCUUUUAGGACAACAGCAGCAGUUCCACUUCGCAUUCGGACAACGACCGUUCCAUUUCUCAGCCGAUCCAUUAUCGGGUUUUCGUAUGCCGCCAAUUGGGAAUUGUCAAAGUGCUAGCAAUACACACUGGGGUUAUGGCUCCGCAUCUGCAUACUCACCCUACUUGGCCGGAAGCGGACUUUCUUCCUGCACAACUCCAACUUCAGCACAAUUCAAUAAUCCAGCUCUUGGCUUCACCUGCUCCUCCAACGAUCAGUCAAACAAUCAGGACUUUACUGGCGCCUCAAAUCGCGAUUGUGUACCAAUGCUUCCAGAUUCCACAGCCACCGACUUGGAUCAGCAUUUGAGCAAUCUGGUAGGUUCUACCACCGGACAGAUGACGCACCACAGCCUGCUGGGAUCGAGCGGCCAAUCGGCAAUUUCCUCCACCGUCAAUGGUGGCGUCGGAUCCAACUCAAUUUUGGUGCCACGCUAUCAUCACACCAAUACCAACGAUUACAAUGUACACUCUAGCCAGAAUGGACCACGAAGUUUGAGCGACUCUUCGCAAGCCGAAUCACCGGUGCAAGAAGACCUACUCACCACCAACACACCAAAUUUGGGGGGUGGCGCCGGUGCUGGCGGCGGCGGCGGUGGUGGUGGUGCCAAUGGUUCAAACAACGGCAACAGCAGUGCCAAUGGCAGCACCGGCGCUGGCAGCGGGUCCAACUCUUCGGCGGCAAAUAAUUCACUUGUCGGUGCCAAUCAAAAUUUUCCCGGACUAGUCAAUCAGACGCAGAAUCCAGCCGUCUACAGCGGUGGCAGCGGUGCGGGCGUAGGCGUUGGCGUUGGUGUUGGGGGCGGUGGUGCAGGCACAACUGGUGCCGGCUGUAAUGGUUCACUCUAUCCCGUGCUGCCGGCUAGUCUACUCUACUCACAGCUCUACACAGCGGCCAAUCAGACUCAUGGCUUUCACUCGCAUGCGCUAACGCCUUCACACGCCUCACCCAAUUCAUCGGUGCAUGGCGCCGAACUGCAAAGCGUUAUGGAUCAUAUCAACAAUGUGGGUGUCGGAGUGGGUGUGGGCGUACGUCAGCAGCACAAUAUCAUGACAGGUGGUGGUGUGACGCAUCCGGGGGAUUUGACGCUGAUCGGCAAUUGUGGUGCCUCGGUGAGGAAUAUCGAAGACGGCAGUAAUACGCAACGUCAAGUGGCCGCUUUGGCAGCACACCGUGGACACCACACACCCACCGACAAUGGGGGUAGCGUGUGGCGGCCAUAUUGAGGUCAGGUGCUCUGGUGCGGCUCGGCCGUCCUAUAGUGUUACGAGAACCUGGAGAGCGAGCGUGAGAGCGCCGGCACCAGUGAACCGACAAAAUAUUGGUAUGGCUGAGGGAAACUAAUACGUGCAAGACAUGUAGGCGUAUGUGUGCAAUGUGAACUGUGCCAAUAAGGGGUGAGUGAGACGGUGGUGAGUGGAAAGCGGUACAGGGAGCUUAGUGCAAUAGUAAGUCGAAGAGAUUCGUGGAAGUUGGCAAGCGGUGGAGUUAACGCCACAACUGUACAUAAAUUCCUUUGUAAAUAAAUUAGUAGCCGAAUGAAGGGGAUGGGCAGAUAGAUUUUAAAUGUGACUUUGUAAACAUUUUAAGCAUAAAAAAACUAGUCGAAUUUGUUUACAAAAUGUUAAGGGAAAACAUUUACUAUACAGUAAAGAUGAUUUUCAAAAUAUUAUUUAGUUAAAACUAAAGUUCAUUAUCAGUCUCUAAGAGUCCUUAGCAAAUUACCAAUUUUAACUUUA